UCCCGACCAUAAUCUCUUGCGAGUCAUGGCCAUGUCUACAACGGCUCUCUCUAUCCCUUCCCUCACUACCAUCCUUCGGCCCUCUCCGUUGCAGCCUCUCUUCAAUCUCCCCACUCUCUCCUCUUCUUCUUCUUUAAGGUUCUCGUAUCAUACAAACAUCCAAUGCACGACCAACAACAAAAAACAACAGCAGCAACUGCAACAAGGGUCUCCAAAUUCCGACCCCAAGACCGGAGUCUCAGUUUACAAGCCCAAAUCCUACGCGGUUCUUGCUAGCGACGCCGCCAAUUCUCUCGCCUAUGCACUUCAAGACGGCAAAAUUCGCUUGGAAAUUGACUUCCCGCCCUUGCCUAGCAACAUAUCUUCUUACAAGGGAUCUUCAGACGAUUUCAUUGAUGCCAACAUUCAACUUGCCUUAGCUGUUAUCAGGAAGCUUCAGGAAAGAAUGGAAACAAGAGCUUGUAUGGUGUUUCCUGAUAAGCCAGAAAAACGCAGGGCCUCUCAGAUGUUCAAAGCAGCUUUUGAUUCGAUUGAUGGUAUAACUAUAGGUUCUCUGGAUGACAUCCCCACAGGUCCUGUUACCUCUUUCUUCAAAUCUAUAAGGAGCACUCUAGAUUUUGAUUUUGAAGAUGAUAAUGAAGGUUGCUGGAAAUCGAGUGAGCCACCGUCCAUCUACAUAUUUCUAAAUUGUAGCACUCGUGAGCUCUCUAACAUUGAGAAAUAUGUGGAAAAUUUUGCCAUGUCAACUCCAACGCUUCUGUUCAACCUUGAACUUGACACAUUGCGUGCUGACUUGGGUCUUCUUGGAUUUCCAACCAAAGAUCUGCAUUAUCGUUUUUUAUCCCAAUUCAUCCCAGUGUUCUAUAUACGAACAAGGGAGUAUUCAAAGACAGUAGCAACAGCACCUUAUGUCUUGAACUAUAGUGGGGCACUCUUUCGCCAAUACCCUGGGCCAUGGCAGGUGAUGCUUAAACAAGCAGAUGGUUCUUAUGCUUGCGUAGCAGAGAGUGCAACACGCUUCACACUUGGUGAGACCAAAGAAGAACUAUUGAGGGUCCUGGGACUACAAGAGGAGCAAGGAAGCUCAUUAGAAUUCCUUCGGAGAGGCUACAAGGCUGCCACUUGGUGGGAAGAAGAUGUUGAACUGGAAGCAUUUUCUGAAUGGCGUAGUUGAGCCAGAAGUCGCUGAACUCAGCAGAAGCUCAUUGAAAAGUGACAGAUUGCAAAGAAGUUACGGAUGCUGCUUCAGAGUCGAGAUUGAAGAUUUCUUGGUGAUAUUCUUUUUCCAUCGUUUUCUCUUCCACCGUAAUGAUUUUUGUUUCGUUCAUCUAUAUGUAAUCCUCUCAUGUUUCUUGCAUUCUAUUAUUUAUGGUGAUUCGAGAUAUGUAGAAUGCCUAAAUCCCCAACUCCUUCAAGUUACCCAUCACUGGAUUGUUUUGUAGUUCUAGUGUAAGAGAAACAACUGUUAUACAUAGCUAGAGCAACCUUAUUUGUCUCA